AUAAAACAUCCUUUACAUAUAAUUCUUAAAACCAUUUUAAACUCAUCUCAAAAUAUUGCUACAUACUUAUCAUAAAUGGAUACUCUUAACUUCCAAAAGAAAGAAGAAGAAGAAGAAGAACAAGAUGAAGAAGAGUUCCUAGGCAUAACGCAAAAUUGCAAGGAGCUACUUUUAUCCCUUCCUAAAGUUAAAGGAUGGAGAACUCCAAUGCUCUACCUUUUUCAAAGUUUUUGGUGUCAACCCAAAGAAAUUCAAGCCAUAAUCUCAGCUCAAACCCACUUUGAAGCUCAAGAUAGUGAUGUGAUCGUUGCCACUAUUCCGAAAUCCGGCACUACUUGGUUAAAAGCUCUUGUUUUCGCGGUAGUGAAUCGACGUCGAUUUGAUGUCAACUCCAUAGAACAUCCCUUGCAAAAGUCUAACCCACAUGACCUUGUACCAUUCUUAGAAUACAAGGUUUAUGCAAAUAACCAAGUUCCAAAUUUAUCAAAUCUUGAUUCUCCAAGACUUUUUGCAUCUCAUGUCCCUUACAAUUCCUUGCCUAAAACCUUGAUUAAGAACUCUAAUUGCAAGGUUGUUUACAUAUGUAGGAACCCUUUUGACACUUUUGUGUCAAUUUGGCAUUUUAUAAGUAAAAUUAGGCCUACUAAUCUUGGGCCUUUCUCAUUAGAAGAGGCCUUUGAUAUGUAUUGUAUGGGUCAAGUAGGAUAUGGUCCAUAUUGGGAUCAUAUGCUAGGUUACUGGGAAGAAAGUCUAAAAUCACCUCAAAAGGUUAUGUUUUUAAAGUACGAAGAUUUGAAAGAAGAUAUUAAUCUUCAAGUUAUGAGAUUAGCUGAAUUUUUAGGUUGUCCAUUUUCAGCACAAGAGGAGAGAGAUCAUGUUGUCGAUGAGAUUACAAAGUUGUGUAGUUUUCAAAAUAUGAAGAAUUUUGAAGUUAACAAAGAUGGAAAAUCUAUACUAAAUUUUGAUAACAAGGGCUUAUUUAGGAAAGGUGAGGUGGGGGAUUGGGUUAACCUUCUAAGUGAGGAAAUGGUGGAAAGAUUGAGUAAAAUCAUGGAUGAAAAGUUGGCUGGUACUGGCUUGGAAUUUCCAAACAUAUUCAAGUCUUAGUGUUUUAUGGUUUAUAAUUUGUGAGUGUAUCUUUUGAAAAUUUCCUUAAUAUAUGUUUGUAAUAUAAAGUACAUAGGCUGUCUUCUCUAAUGCCCUAUUUCACCUUUAUAUGAACUAGUUUUGGGUUCAAAAGAUGUCAUGUAUUGUUGAUUUGAUUUUGGAAUUAAUAU